AUGGAAUCAGUGAAUCAUGCCCUGUUCUGGGCAUUGGUUUUCACUUUAUCAACGGUCGAUAGAUGCAUAGGUCAGUUCAAGAUCAUUGACCCAAGCAGUGGUUCUAUCACGCAUCCAGAUAGUGAGAAAACGAAUGUCACACUCGUACAAAUCAUACCACUGGUUACGAAGAACAUGACCGAUCUGCCGAUGAUGUCCAUGCUGGAAUCGGUUAGAUCGUUCGACUCCGAGCCGGUUCAAGCAGACGUGAAAGAAAAUAGAUUUGUCAAACUUCACAUCGUGGACUCAAGUUCCAGAAGAAACACUACUAAUCGUGUAAGUAAACUCCGGCCGGCAGACACUAAUCGCACCAACGACGUGGCGACCAGUGGCGAAAAAAACAAAAAUAAGUUGAUUCGCAAAGCAAGCGCAAAUGCCAUUAAAGGUUACGCAAAACGAAAUAGUCAGCACGCGAAAGCGGAUACACUAACGGCCACUACUAGCAACAACGUCCUUAAAGAACAGUUGCAGCCAGCAGUAACCACAGAAUCUAGCACGCGAGCUCGACGGCAUAAGUAUCGUAAGUUUAAAUCACGUUGCCGUUGCGAACGCAUAUGGAAUUGUGCGCGCAUUCAAAUCUCCGUGGCCCGUUGUGCACCAGACUAUUUCAUGUGUUGCUUCUAA